UUUCUAUUUUUGAAAAGUCGUGGUGCGGUGACGUCAUCACCAAGAGACCGUAAUAAAAGUAGAUGAAGAUUCACACUGCUGCUAGCACGUUGAACAAAAGUGCAGGUUCAACAAUAUGGACAUGCUAUAUGGUCCAUUGGGCCUGGGUGUAGUAGCAGGACUGGGCUGUGGGCUCCUCUUCGGUUGGCAACUUCGAGCUCGCUUGGGUCCAACAUCCAAAAGCCUGGUGGCAGCGAUGGGGAACGGCUCUGGUGAAGCAAGCGUGAUGGGAGAAGGAGGCGAGUUCAAGAUGAUACUAGUGGUCCGAAAUGACCUGAAGAUGGGUAAAGGGAAGGUGGCUGCCCAGUGCUCCCAUGCUGCUGUAUCUGCUUACAAACAAGUUCAGCGCAGGAACCCUGAGCUUCUCAAACAGUGGGAGUACUGUGGACAGCCCAAGGUGGUGGUGAAGGCCCCUGAUGAGGACAAACUGAUUGAACUGUUGAGUCAUGCCAAAGAAGUGGGGCUUCCAGUCAGCCUGAUUCAGGAUGCAGGAAGGACACAAAUUGCGCCCGGAUCACGCACGGUGCUGGGUGUUGGGCCAGGCCCAGCUGAUCUCAUCGACAAAGUCACAGGAGACUUGAAGCUCUACUAGAGUUCCAGCUUACAUCUGUAGGACUUGCAUACAAUGUCCUUGUUGUUUAAACUAUUUGCAAUGUAAACUAAGUUGAGCUACCAUGAGUUUAUAUUUUUUAUAAAAGAACAAUUGACUCAAUUACA